AUGUUUAUUGGAAAUGAAACAUCUGAUUGUAUAAAUACAGGGGAUACAACAUGGGUAUUAAUAUCAUCAAUAUUAGUAUUAUCAAUGAUGCCAGCUCUCGCUUUUUUUGAAGCUGGUUUAUUAAAAAGUAUAAAUACAGUUUCAUUAGUAACUCAAAUAAUUGGUGGAGCAUCAAUAUUAUCAGUAAUGUGGCAUUUAAUUGGAUAUACAUUAGUAUUUGGACAUAGUUAUAGAGGUAUUAUUGGAAAUUUUGAUAAUAUAUUAAUGUUAAAUGUUCGAUAUGAUAGUUGUUCUCGACAUUCACCAACUAUUCCAGCUGCUUUAUUUGGAUUUUUUCAAAUGAUGUUUGCAGCAAUAUCACCAUUAUUAAUAACAGGAGCAUUUGCAGAAAGACUUAAAUAUAAAGCUUUUAUUAUAUUUAUAAUAGGUUGGGAAUUAUUUAUUUAUUAUCCAGUUGCACAUUGGAUUUGGGGUGAUGGAUGGUUGAAGAUUAUAUUUCAAGUACAGGAUUUUGCUGGUGGAAUGGUUAUUCAUACAACAUCAGGUGUUUCAGCUUUAAUUUGUGGAAAAAUGUUAGGAGCAAGAAAAGAUUUUGAUAAAUAUAAUGGUGAAUUUCCACCUUCAAAUUUACCAUUAGCGGCACUUGGAGGUGCACUUCUUUGGACAGCAUGGUUUGGUUUUAAUGCUGGUAGUGCUUUACAAAGUGGUCCGUUAGCUGUAUCAACCGUUGUUGCAACACAACGAUCAGCUGUUUGUAGUGGAGUUAUUUGGUUAAUUAUGUCAUGGAUAAGACACAAACCAUCAGCUACUGCUGUUCUUAAUGGUGUUAUUGCUGGUUUAGCUGGUAUAACACCUGCAUCUGGUUAUAUUGAUCCUCAAUAUGGAGCUGUUAUUGGGAUUAUUCUUGGUUUUACUUCUUAUUUCAGUAUAUUAUUAUUUAAACAUAAAUUACGUAUUGAUGAUGCACUUGAUGUUUCAAGUGUACAUGGUGUAACAGGUGUUGUUGGCUCAAUUGCAAUUGGAUUUUUUGGUCAAAAAUCUUUUAAUAUAGAUGGUAAAGAUGGUCUAUUCUUUGGAAAUCAUAGUCCCUAUCUUCUUGGAAUUCAAUUGAUGUCUGUUGUUAUUACUGGUGCAUGGUCAGGUUUAAUUACAAUAAUUUUAUUAAAAUUUAUUGAUAGAAUUGUUGGAUUAAAAAUCGAACAUGAUGAAGAAUUAGGUUUAGAUGAAGAAGAACAUGGAGAACAAGCUUAUGGUUGGAGACAUUCAGUUAUACCUGAUUCAUUAAAUGAAGAACAAAUACAUUUAAUCGUUCGUGGUUCCGUUAAUCAUCAUAUACAAGCUGAACAAAAACGACUUUCACAUAUUUCAACUAUUAAUAAACCAUCGAUGCCGUCAAUUUUUCAUCAAAAUCGACGAGCAACCGUAGUUCGUUAA